CUUCAAAUGUCUCGAAACUCUGGAAAUUGAGUAUAUGUAUAGUUGGCGGGAGUGGCAUUUUCCUGAUGAGUUUGAUGGGUUUCCUCAGCUUAGAAUCCUUGAAAUAAGAAACUGUCCUGUGUUAAGUGGAGAUCUGCCUUCUCACCUUCCGGCUCUGGAGGAACUUACCAUUGAUGGAUGUAAAGAGCUUGCAUAUUCGCUGCCUAGGGCUCCCAAGCUUCACAAAUUAGAUGUAAAGUGCGACAUGUUUCAAGGGUAUGCGGGACUGCACCACGUAAACAUUUCAGGAAGCCAGCGGGCGAAAUUUGUAUGGGAAUGGCUGCUGCACAUCCAACCACCACAUGUCCAAUGUCUGUACAUCGAUGAUUGUCAGUCAGCGAUAUCAAUUUCAGCAAAUCAUUUGCCAGCUUCAUUACAAUUUCUGGAAAUCAUUGAUUGUUCAAAAUUAACAUUCUCGGAGCAACUGCAACACAAGUCGCUGACGAAGAUACUUGUAGAGGACUGUGAUUCACUGACGUUGUUUCCAUUGGGGGACCUUCCAAAUCUCAAGAAACUCACAAUCAGUGAAUGCAAAAAUAUGGAAAAUGUUGAGGUGGCACAUGCUCUUCCAAGUCUCCGUUGUUUAAACAUCUCAGACUGCCCCAGUUUAGUAUCCUUGCCGCCGCUAGAGUCGGCUGCGCCCCGCCUACAGGAGCUGGAUAUACGCAAUUGCCCGGAAAUCGAUUGUUUUGCUGGGGAGUGCCUACCGCCGAGUUUGAAAAAACUUGUAAUCGUUGAGUGCCAGAAACUAGCGAGUUGGAUAUCAUCAAAUGUUUUGCAUAGUGAAGGCCUUACCCAUCUUUGGCUUGGUUCAUACUUUGAUGUAAAGUCGUUCCCAAGAGAGGGUUGUCUUCCUGCUUCUCUCAAGUCUCUACAAUUCUGGGACUUUCCAAAUCUGGAGACGCUUGACUGCAAGGGGCUUCACCAUCUUACCUCCCUCACAUAUUUAGCAAUUAGAUACUCUGAAAAGCUUCAGAAUAUCACAGAAGAACAUUUGCUUGCCUCCAUAAAAAAAAUCUACAUAGGGGAAGAAUGUCCUUUGAGGAGCAAGCUGGAAGAGAUGGAACAACUACGGAUUCAAUUGGGUUGUGACGAAUCAGACUCAAGUGAUGAGUAUGCUUUGAAAGAUGAGGAUGCUACUUCUGAUUCUGAUUGAUUAAUGAUUAUAAAUCUUAAUUUAUCUUUUUAAUUAUUUUUCUAAUAUUUAAAGUUAGAAAGAUAAUUAAGAAAGUGAAUUAGAAUUUUAAUCAUUUAAUGUGCAAUGAGAGCGGUCAACGGCAUACAGUUAUGGGAAGAGAUGUUAUGUUGGUAGACAGGUAUAAAGAUAAUCCAUAUGACUGGAUAUGGGAGCCUUAUUGGGACGACAAGUGGACACAAUUAAGCAGUAGACUUAGCAAUGAUGACUUGGAUCAGAAUGACUUUAAACCACCAGCAGUUGUCAUGGAGAAUGCAGCUACACCAAAAAAUGCUACUGCCUCAUUAGACUUCCAGUGGGAGGAUGAUUAUGCAGAAAACAAUGAAACAGAUGGAUGAAGUCUGGUUGAUUGUACCAGUUUUGAUUUCCAUAACUCAAAAUAGUCUGCGAAUAACUGAAAUUUUUAAUCAAAUAAAAUCAGCUGCUGCCAGAAACAUUAUUCUUGGAAAGCAUUGUAAUUCCAUUAAGGGGUCAGAAUUGGAAUCCAAGCAACGACGAUAUUCAUUUAAUGAGGUUGUUGAGAUGACCAACAACUUUGAUAGUAUUCUUGGCAGAGGUGGAUUUGGAACAGUUUACCAUGGCUUUAUUGGGGAUAUUCAAGUGGCUGUCAAGAUGCUUUCCCUAUCAUCGGUGCAUGGAUAUCAGCAAUUUGUUGCAGAGGCAAGUAGUGCUCAAAAAUCAAAAUAAAAGCGGAAGACAUCUCAAUCUAAAUUAUAUUGUUGCUAUGUUUUACAAAAACAAAAAUUGGCUUUUUAAUGACAGGUUAAGCUACUAAUGAGAGUACAUCAUCGAAA